AUGGAUCUCUUACUCAAUUUUAGUUUCAUUUCCAAACUUCUCUUCCUUCUACCAUUCUUCCUUCUAUCUUGGUCGUCGUCUUCGUCAUCGUCGUCAUUACAUCCAUUAGCAGCUGAAUCUGCAAAAUUACAUCAAAAUUACACUGCGAUAUCAGAUUUUCGAUUGCUCAAUAGAAGAAAGUUAAUCAAUUGUCCAAAUAUAAACUCUUUUAUUCAACUUGAAGUCAUCUCCAACUCCGAGACCCUUUUGAAUGAAGAGUUCAUCAAUGUUACCGUUAGCGGGGUUUUGUUUCCAUCAGAAGAUCAUUGGAUUGCUAUGAUCACGCCAUCAAAUGCUAAUGUUGAUGAUUGUCCACUGAGUAAAUUUUUAUAUGUCCAAACGGGUGAUUUAAGCAACCUUCCUCUACUUUGCCAUUAUCCUGUCAAGGCAGCAAGUUUGAGCAGUGAUCCAGAUUACCUGCCAUGCAAUAAGAAAGAGUGCAAGUUGAGAGGUCCAGGGGGGAGAUGUGCGAUAGAGACAUGUAGUGCCACGUUGUCAUUCCAUGUCAUCAACUUCAGAACCGACGUGGAAUUCGUCCUGUUUGGCGGCGGGUUUUUCACCCCUUGUCUUCUUCUCAGAUCACAGCCUCUCAGCUUUCAAAACCCAAAUGCUCCUUUGUACGGACUUCUCUCUAGCAUUGAUUCUACUGCUACAUCUAUGAAAUUGAGUUGGGUUAGUGGGGAUGAAGAGCCCCAACAAGUUCAAUAUGGAAAAGAUGGAACACUACAAACCUCUCAAGUUUCAACUUUUUCACAAAAUGACAUGUGUAAUUCAUCAUCAUUUCAAAGUCCAGCAAAGGACUUUGGAUGGCAUGACCCUGGCUUCAUUCAUUCUGCAGUCAUGACUCAACUUCAGCCUUCUACCACUUAUUCCUACAAAUAUGGAAGUGAUAAAGUUGGUUGGAGUGACGAAACAGCAUUUAGGACACCACCAGCGGGCGGAGAUGGAAAUGAUUUUCAUUUUCUUGCAUUUGGUGAUAUGGGAAAGGCUCCUCUAGAUCCUUCUUCAGUUGAGCAUUACAUUCAGGCAGGGUCAAUCUCUGUGGUGCAAGGGAUGAAAGAGGAAGUAGAAUCUGGAAAAGUAGAUGCAGUGUUUCACAUUGGAGAUAUAAGCUAUGCAACUGGUUUCUUAGUUGAAUGGGAUUUCUUUCUUCAUCUUAUUAAUCCCAUUGCUUCUCGUCUUCCUUACAUGACUGCCAUUGGCAACCAUGAGAGAGACUACAGUGAAUCGGGGUCAGUAUACUCAUUACCAGAUUCAGGAGGAGAAUGUGGAGUUCCUUAUGAAACAUAUUUUCAAAUGCCAAUUUCUGCAAAAGAUCAGCCUUGGUAUUCUAUUGAAAUUGCUUCUAUUCACUUCACCAUCAUCUCUACUGAGCAUGAUUUUACUAUCAAUUCACCACAGUAUGAAUGGAUGAAAAAUGACAUGGCCUCUGUUGACAGAUCAAGAACACCAUGGCUCAUUUUUACUGGGCAUAGACCCAUGUACUCUUCCAUACAUGGACUUUUUCCUAGUGUUGACCCAAAUUUUGUUGCAGCUGUUGAGCCACUUCUCCUACAAAAUAAGGUGGACUUGGUGUUAUUUGGACAUGUUCAUAACUAUGAAAGAACAUGUUCUGUUGCUAACAACAUUUGCAAAGGAAUGCCUUCAAAAGAUAUAGAUGGGAUUGAUACAUAUGAUCAUAAUAAUUAUACUGCUCCACUUCAUGCAGUCAUUGGCAUGGCAGGAUUUACCCUUGACCAAUUUCCCACAAAUGGAAUAGAGAGCUGGAGUUUGUGUAGGGUUUCCAAGUUUGGUUAUUUGAGAGGACAUGCAACAAGGGAGAAGUUAAGUUUUGAAAUGGUGAAUGCUAUCACAAGAGAAGUGGAGGACAGUUUCAACAUAAUAAAAGCUCAAGUUCCAUAGCCAAAAUAUGACUUGGAAAUCCAAAGAAGGUACAUAGUAAAUAAAAGUGACGAGUUUGAAACAGUCAAAUUUACAUACAUUAGUCUGGUGUUGGUUUAAGGGAAUGAAUAUUUUGUUUGAUGGAAAGAAUCUACUUUGUAGGCGAAUGACUCGUGUGCAUUUUAUGUUACAAAAAUUUAUUUCAUAGAUAUAUUGUAAUAGAAACAUACAUGUAUGAGUAAUGAAUAAUCCAUCUCUUCAUAUUAAAAAUCAAUAACCUCAUAGUUAUGUCAAAGCAAAUAUAGCUCAACUUGCAUGUUGAAUGUGUUAACAACCGAUCAACUCAGCAAGGUACAAACAUUCAAAUUAUAAUUACAACUCGUGAUGAAAAAGUAUAGACGUUUAACCAUUCUAAUAAUAUUCAAGUUAGUAGAAAAUUUAGAUCACCAUCACACCAUUUCAAGCCUCAAUUUUCAUUUGAAAUUCUAAAGGAUUUCUACUUUUAAAUAAUUUUAAAACUUCAAUAAACUUUUCAAUUAGCUGUUAGUAAUCAAUACAGAUUGAAGUCGAGUAAGAAGAAAAAGAAACGACCCACUAACAGAGACAGCUCUUUAUUGAGUAAUGAUAUUAUGGUAAGUUCUGAACAGAGGACCAGAAAGUACUCCAAAUCUAUACAGAAAAGACUACAAGACUGAUACAUAUAACUUGUGAUAUCAUAUAUACAUACAAAAGUGAAUUGAUGAAAGACUUGUGUCAAAUUUCAAUCUACUUGUCUUAAUGUAAACUUACAUGAUCUAUGUGUCACGACGAUCCUACUCAUUCCAUGCACUCGCUGCGGCUGCAAUCCGAUAUCCAGUUUGCAUCACUUCCAACGAGGCCAGUGAAUGACUAUGACUGGAUGACGACAAUUGUAC